UCGCCGCCGCCGCCGCGGCGCGCGCCCCGCCCCGUCCCUGGUGCUGACGUCCGGGCCAAACGGGCCGGGCGGGCUCCGCCGAGCCGUGUGCUUCCGCGGGCUCCGGGGUCGCUGGGGCCUCGUGGUGGGGCGGCUCUGCGAGGCUCGGCCCGCUUCCUCCCCUCCCCCGUGCCCUCUCGCGGCACCCGGCGGUGUCUGCGCUUAAGCCGGAGACUCAGAAAGAAGUGAAGAACAAAUGUCAUUAUGUCUGGCAUCAAGCGAACAAUCAAAGAAACUGACCCUGAUUAUGAGGAUGUAUCUGUGGCCCUUCCGAAUAAGCGGCAUAAAGCAAUUGAGAAUUCAGCUCGAGAUGCUGCUGUGCAGAAAAUUGAGACUAUUAUCAAGGAACAAUUUGCACUUGAAAUGAAGAAUAAGGAACAUGAAAUUGAGGUCAUUGACCAGCGACUGAUUGAGGCAAGAAGGAUGAUGGAUAAACUUCGUGCCUGCAUUGUUGCAAACUACUAUGCUUCUGCAGGACUUCUGAAAGUUUCUGAGGGAUCAAAGACAUGUGAUACAAUGGUUUUUAAUCAUCCUGCUAUCAAGAAAUUUUUGGAAUCACCAUCUAGGUCAUCAUCUCCUGCCAAUCAGAGAUCAGAAACACCAUCAGCCAAUCAUUCAGAAAGUGAUUCUUUAUCUCAACACAAUGACUUCUUAUCUGACAAAGACACUAACAGCAAUAUGGAUAUAGAAGAAAGACUCUCAAGCAACACGGAGCAGAGACCAAGCCGAAAUACUGGAAGGGACACUUCUAGUAUUGCUGGCUCCCAUAAAACAGAGCAGCGGAAUACUGAUCUUACAGGAGAUGAGACUUCACGACUUUUUGUAAAGAAAACAAUAGUAGUGGGCAAUGUGUCCAAGUAUAUACCUCCUGAUAAGAGAGAAGAAAAUGACCAGUCAACCCACAAGUGGAUGGUAUAUGUCCGAGGCUCUCGUAGAGAACCCAGUAUUAAUCAUUUUGUCAAGAAAGUUUGGUUCUUUCUUCAUCCCAGCUAUAAACCAAAUGACCUUGUGGAAGUUAGAGAGCCUCCUUUUCACUUGACCAGAAGAGGCUGGGGUGAGUUUCCUGUCAGAGUUCAAGUUCACUUUAAGGACAGCCAGAACAAGCGGAUAGAUAUCAUACAUAAUCUGAAGCUGGACAGAACUUACACUGGCUUGCAGACUCUUGGAGCAGAGACGGUAGUGGAUGUUGAGCUCCAUCGGCAUUCUCUGGGAGAAGACUCCGUUUAUCCUCAGUCCUCUGAGUCAGACAUCUCAGAUGCCCCACCGUCCUUGCCUUUGACCAUUCCAGCCCCCAUGAAAGCGUCCUCACCGAUAAAGCAGUCACAUGAGCCAGUACCUGAUACCUCUGUGGAGAAAGAAGGAUUCCCAGCCAACACUGAAGCUGAGAGACACACUACAUUUUAUUCUUUGCCAUCAUCAUUGGAACGAACACCUACCAAAAUGACAGCAUCCCAGAAGGUUACCUUUUGUUCUCAUGGCAAUUCAGCUUUUCAGCCAAUAGCAUCGAGCUGCAAAAUUGUGCCACAAGGUCAGAUUCCUAACCCUGAGUCACCUGGAAAAUCCUUCCAGCCUAUCACCAUGAGCUGCAAGAUUGUCUCAGGUUCCCCCAUAUCAACCCCAAGUCCUUCGCCAUUGCCUCGAACCCCAACUUCCACUCCAGUCCAUGUGAAGCAAGGCACUACCAGUUCUGUUAUUAAUAAUCCUUAUGUUAUCGUGGACAAGCCAGGGCAGGUUAUUGGAGCCUCCACUCCUACUGCAGGAAGUCCUACCAGCAAGCUCUCUACUGCCUCUCAGGCCUCCCAAGGAACAGGUUCCCCAAUUCCUAAAAUUCAUGGAAGUAGUUUUGUAACAUCUGCUGUCAAGCAGGAGGAUUCUUUGUUUGCAUCUAUGCCACCUCUUUGCCCAAUUGGGAGUCACCCUAAAGUUCAAAGCCCCAAACCUAUAACUGGAGGACUUGGAGCUUUCACAAAAGUAAUCAUCAAACAAGAACCUGGUGAAGCCUCUCAUGUACCCACAACAGGAGCUGCCAGCCAGUCACCACUCCCUCAGUAUGUGACUGUGAAAGGGGGUCACAUGAUAGCUGUGUCCCCUCAAAAACAGGUUCUAACUGCUGGAGAAGGGACGGCCCAGUCACCAAAGAUUCAGCCCUCCAAGGUUGUUGGGGUGCCAGUCGGGUCUACUCUGCCUUCAACAGUGAAGCAGGCUGUGGCAAUCAGUGGUGGUCAGAUCCUUGUAGCCAAGGCCAGCUCAUCUGUCGCCAAAGCGGUUGGUCCAAAGCAAGUUGUGACCCAAGGAGUUGCCAAGGCAAUUGUGAGUGGAGGUGGAGGAACCAUUGUCGCUCAGCCAGUGCAGACAUUAACCAAGGCUCAGGUCACUGCUGCUGGCCCUCAGAAAAGUGGAUCCCAGGGUUCAGUGAUGGCAACAUUGCAGCUUCCAGCUACUAAUUUGGCCAACUUGGCAAACUUGCCUCCUGGCACUAAACUCUACCUUACAACAAACAGCAAGAACCCUUCGGGCAAAGGAAAACUGCUGCUGAUCCCUCAGGGAGCCAUCCUGCGAGCUACCAACAAUGCUAACCUCCAGUCUGGCUCAGCUGGCAGCAGCGGCGGCAGCAGCAGUGGUGGGGGAGGUGGCGGCAGCAGUGGAGCAACAGGAGGAACCGGUGGAGCCCAGAACCCUGCUGGCCCUGGAGGGAUAUCCCAGCAUCUGACGUACACAUCCUACAUCCUCAAGCAAACCCCUCAGGGCACAUUUUUAGUUGGCCAGCCAUCACCCCAGACAUCUGGGAAGCAGCUGACUACGGGGUCAGUGGUCCAAGGAACACUGGGAGUCAGCACAUCUUCUGCACAAGGACAGCAGACAUUAAAAGUCAUCUCUGGACAAAAAACCACUUUGUUUACCCAGGCAGCCCCAGGGGGACAGGCGUCUCUAAUGAAAAUAUCUGAUAGCACCUUGAAGUCUGUACCAGCCACGUCCCAGCUCUCAAAGCCUGGAACCACAAUGCUGAGAGUUGCAGGAGGGGUUAUCACAACUGCCACUUCCCCAGCUGUAGCCCUCUCAGCAAAUGGGCCUGCACAACAGCAGUCGGAAGGAACAACUCCUGGUUCAUCGUCUACUGUGGGUUCUGUCAUGAAAACUUCUGGACAGCAGCAAGUGUGUGUGAGCCAGGCUGCCGUGGGAUCCUGCAAGGCUCCUGCCCCCUCUGUCAUCAGCGCCACGUCCCUGGUGUCCACACCAAACCCCAUCUCUGGAAAAGCCACAGUGUCAGGAUUGUUAAAGAUUCACUCCAGUCAAUCCAAUCCCCAGCAGGCUGUCCUGACGAUCCCCAGCCAGCUCAAACCACUCAGUGUAAAUACAUCUGGAGGUGUGCAGACGAUACUGAUGCCUGUGAAUAAAGUGGUUCAAUCGUUUUCUACCAGCAAAUCACCUGCCAUUCUGCCUGUGGCUGCCCCAACUCCAGUUGUCCCCAGCCCUGCUCCAGCAGCUGUUACAAAAGUGAAGACCGAACCGGAAACACCUGCACCAGGCGGCCCCUCCCAGGAUGGUCAGACAGCAGUGAAAACAGAAGACAGUUCUGAGCUGGGAAACUAUGUCAUUAAGAUAGACCAUUUAGAGACCAUCCAGCAACUCUUAACAGCGGUAGUAAAGAAGAUCCCAUUAAUUACUGCAAAAAGUGAAGAUGCCAGCUGUUUUUCUGCAAAAUCUGUGGAGCAGUAUUAUGGCUGGAACAUUGGGAAAAGGAGAGCUGCUGAGUGGCAAAGAGCGAUGACAAUGCGAAAAGUCUUACAAGAAAUACUGGAGAAGAAUCCAAGAUUUCACCAUCUGACUCCACUUAAAACCAAGCACAUUGCUCACUGGUGUCGCUGCCAUGGCUACACCCCACCUGACCCCGAAAGCCUGAGGAGUGAUGGGGACUCGAUCGAGGAUGUGCUGACCCAGAUCGACAGUGAGCCAGAGUGCCCAUCAUCUUUCUCGUCCGCUGACAACCUCUGCCGGAAACUGGAGGACCUGCAGCAGUUUCAGAAGAGGGAGCCGGAGAACGAGGAGGAGGUGGACAUCCUCAAUGUCUCAGAGCCGUUAAAGAUAAACAUCAAGAAAGAACAGGAAGAGAAACAGGAAGAGAUGAAACUCUACCUGCCACCAACACCGGGCUCUGAAUUUAUUGGCGACAUCACACAGAAGAUUGGGAUCACCCUGCAGCCUGUGGCGCUGCAUAAGAACGUGUAUGCAUCAGUGGUGGAGGACAUGCUUUUGAAGGCUACAGAGCAGCUGGUCAGUGACAUCCUGAGACAGGCUUUGGCAGUUGGAUACCAGGCAGCAUCGCACAACAGGAUUCCCAAAGAAAUUACAGUGAGUAAUAUUCACCAGGCCAUUUGCAACAUUCCUUUUCUGGACUUCCUCACAAACAAACACAUGGGGAUACUGAAUGAAGAUCAGUGAAUGGAAUGAAUAUGCUCCCAGGAAAGCAGGAUUCAAAGCCUUGAACUGUGGUGACUUCUUUUCUGGAGAAGACUAGUUUGCUGUGUGCCUCAGAGAAUCAUGGCCACCAAACCAUUGCCUCCACCUGAUACCACCGGAGUGUUCAGUCCCAGGUCAAUCCCUUUAGGACAGAAGUUUGUUUCCUGAUUCUAGAGUUACACCAUGAGUGAGUGCGUGCUCAGUCAAUGCGCAUCUAUUCACUCUCUGUGCAGGCUCCAUGAGGGUCCGGGGUCAAGCCACUUUAUAUUGGGCCCUUUUGUCCUCUGGGUAUUUUCCAGGGGACACCGUGGGCCUGAGUCUCCCUCCAGGAGGUGGGAAAUGAGUCUGGCAAGCUAGAGUUCUACCCAUUCUGUGGGUUCCAGGUACCCCCAACAGUUACCCUGAUAACAUCUGGAGGAGGGUUGGGCUUCGGCACAGAGCAGUGGCCGUGGUGGGAAGGAUCCGCACUCAGCCCUGAGUCGACUCAGGAAGCAGUGAUCCUGUGCUGAAACCACACGAGCUUGGGCGACUGCAGACUGAGAAUUCCUGUUUCAUGGAACACAGGAUAUUACUGCAGCCAGUCUCAGCAUUGUCAGGGGGUGAAUGGAGUCCAGCACAGGUCAGGAAAAGGUUUGACUACAGCUGAGAAGCCCUUACUGUGUUAGUCACAGACCCUCACAGCUUGGAGGAUGUGCCAGCAGAGCGCUGGUUCAUACUGUUGGCGAGGUCUGCAGGAGCUUCUGCUGCUGAGUCCAUGUCGAGUGGCCAGUGGUUCCCACAGUCCCUCAGAAAGUUUCUUAUCCAGUUCUUCUCUGUCAGUGAAUUGUUCCCAAGAAGAAGAGUAUUUCAAACAACACUUGUGAGUGCCUUAAAGGUAGAGAAACGACUGUCAAAGCCAGGUGACAGGGAGGUCAGUGCUCGGAAGCCGUGAGAACAGGCUGGUCGUGAGCAGAGCCCAGUCCAUGGGAGACGGAGUGGAUAGAAGGCAGGUUAGCAGCACCCUGCAUGAUGUCCAGUUUCAGUAUAUAGACACAGUACCCCAACCUUCCUAACAAAGUCUGUGUGUAAGUAAAGAAUUUGUUCUCAGUUAGGAAUCUGCUCCAAGGAGAUCUGAAACCUACCCAAGUCAAAGAAACUUACCAAGCAAUGUAAUUCGUGUUUUCCUGAGUCCUCUAGACGUUCAAUUCAGGAAAAGACAGGGAGGCAACUACGAGAAGUCUGCCCUUUUUAAUUCAGCCAUCUGAGGACUGCAAGUGCAGAAGGAAAUCUAUUCAGUAAGGCAUAGGGCAUGCCCUGAUUAAGAAUAAAAUAGUUUAGUGGUGAAGACUCAGAUAUUCUGUACAUAAAAUAGUCCAGGCAAGGUUAAUGGGCAGGUAUAGACUCAUUUACCAGUGGACGAUGACUCAGAUCUACAGGAUCGAAGAUUUGAUCCAAAUGAGAACAGAUUCAGUUCUUACAAGUAUGAAAGCCUCAAGAAGUUAUCUUUUUGCAAAAGAAAUAGUAAAUGAUUUAACAGUCCUCAUAUAUGUUAAUGUUUCAAAUGUAUUUGUAUCAUAAUAUGUAACAUAAUGUGUAACAAUAUCUGCAGUAAAUCUUUUGGUAUUUGU